AUGGUAAUUGUAAUCUAACGUCACUUCCUUUCAUUUAAAACGCCUCGAGCUUCAAAGCUUGCUUGUGUCUUCACCUUCGGAGCCCUGAGGUAAAUGGAGUAAGGGGGUGAAAAGAUACUCCUAUCUCUGCUGAGUCAAAAACACCUCCAAGGUAUAAGAGAAUGACUGAGGUAAAUACCUCGACCCGGCCGAAGUCAACGCCGAAUGGGUCAAGUCGGCAUGAGAAAAGUUUGGGUCUACUCGCAAUCAAAUUUGUGACAUUACUGCAAGAAGCGAAGAACGGAAUACUCGAUUUGAAAGUGGCAGCAGAUACUCUGGCGGUCAGGCAGAAAAGAAGGAUCUAUGACAUUACAAAUGUACUAGAGGGUGUUGGGCUCAUUGAGAAGAGGACUAAGAACACCAUCCAGUGGAAAGGUGAGAAAACAGGAUGCCAGACCCAAGAGAUGCUUGAGCACGUGGAGCUGCUUAAAGCCCAGAUCUUAGAGCUGGAGAUGAAGGAGCGUGAACUUGACCAGCAGGAGGCCUUGCUCCAGGAGUGCCUCAAGAAUAUAAGUGAAGACCCAAUAAACAACAGCUAUAAAUAUGUCACGCAUGAAGACAUGUGUGAUUCAUUCAGUGGAGACACCCUUUUGGCUGUGAUGGCCCCAUCAGGAACAGAGCUAGCGGUUGCUGGACCGGCUCAGACUGAGAAGAAGAGGUACCAGGUGAAAUUGCGGAGUCAGCUGGCUCCCAUCCAGGUGCUUCUGAUCAACAGGGAGUCCAGCAGUGCCAGGCCUGUGGUGUUCUCCGUCCCUCCCGCUGAUGACAUCUCGGUCAUGCCCACUCCCCCCAGUACCCCUGCAGGGCUCCAGAGGUGCUCCCUAGCACACAAACAGCUGGGCAGUCUGGAGCCCGGCCAGUUUAAGACCAGGCCCCAGAUCAGCCCCUUCUCCUCCCCACCAGACACGCAUAUGGAUUGUCACCCUGAGACUCCAGAGAGCAUGAGUCUGCUUGUGCAGGACUCGCUGGGUGGGUCUGAGUCCUCCCUCCACUCCCAAGUGCCCAUGGAUGGGCCUGACCUGCACUCCAUGCUGGAGCAGAUGAAGGAGGAGCGGGAGGGAGUUGCUGACCUCAUAGACGAGCUGAUGUCAUCUGAUGUCUUCCCUCUGCUGCGCCUCUCGCCCAACCCAGGUGUGGAUUUCAGCUUCAACCUGGAUGACAGCGAGGCGGCCUGUGAUCUGUUUGACGUGCACAUCCUUAAUUAUUGAUUAAUUAGCACUUGAGGAAGAGCUCUCACUGAGCCUUUGGACUGCACAAACAACACAAGUGUCUUUUGGUUAGCCAAGGUAAUUAUUUAAGCCCAUAGUAAAUGUCUCCCUAUACACUACACACAUUGAGUUUAUGAUCACUGCCUACUCUGAGUCUGUGGUUGUACAGCUAUGAACCCCAGAAACUGCCUGCCAGAUGAGUCUAGGAAUUCUCUGCUCCUCCUGUUAUUCUAAGGUAGAGCCCUAGCGUGCGGUGUGACCAGCUCCUUUGUGUCUAGAUGCUGACUUUCAUAAAGAUGGCCGUUAUGGGUUAGGUUACACAGACAGUUUGCACUGUGCUCAGGGAUGACUGACUGACGAGUGUUUUUAUUGAGGGGAUAAGAGGCCAUUUAAGCCAAGCGACAGGUGAUGGGUGGGUUUGGGCCAAAUAUCUUUAUGAUUCUUUAGAUAUCUAGCCGAUGGUUGGGUGUCGCCGUGUUCUUCCUUAUAGAGUAUGUGCCAUAAUACUUCUUAUCUUGUUAUUUUUGCGAGGGACAAUUAUACCUGAGAUCAUUUAUAGUGCCUGAAGUCACGUGUUUCUCCUCGAUUAUUGUAAUGUAUCCAGUGUUUUCUGAUGGGAGAUUCUGAAAAAGGCAACCGUAGUAGUUAUCAAAAAGGCAGUUUGGUGAGUGAAAGCCUGACGCAUGUGACGGCCCAGAUUGUGGUAAUGAAUAUAGUGAUUUAUGUGGUAUCAAGACCAUUGUGUUUAAUUGGUGAAGCACACUGGAUUAAUAGUCUUAAUGCUGCAGACAUACUACUGAAUGUGUCCCCCCUCAGAGGCGUAUGAAUGGAGGGCCAAACAUAGGUAUUUAUAUUAUGUUUUUGACAGAAGUUCCUGAAUUAAUGUGACACUGCCAUGUUUGUGAAGACUUUUUUUGUUCACUAAUUAUUUAUAGUUGUUUGUAAGUUUUUGUUUCUUAACAAAAUUAUUUGUACUUAAUAAAUAAAUCUAUAGUUCUCUCAUGAAAGAGGACUCUAAGCUGGCAACUGCCUUUUGAUAAUCUGCCUUGAUCAGUAAAAGAGUGCCUUUUGUAUUCUGCUUUGUUUGCCACAUAUCUGUUGUUCCUUAAAAACAAAGCAGUGCAGUUAUCUAUUUUUGUUCUGGUUAUUUUUUUGCACCUUUUGUAAAGCCAACGUUUGGUAUUAAAAGAAAAUGACUGCU